AUGCUUGAGAAGCUUAGUUAGAAGAUAAGCGGCGGUACAACAUCAAAAAGUGAUGCUUGUGAAAUAUGUGGAAAACAAUUUGAUUGGUACAAUUCUUUAUCAAGCACUAGGAAAACCAAGUAGAAUUAGUGUAAGAGAUGCUUUAGAGGUGUUUGUUCAAAUUGUAGUCAAGACAAAGCCAUUAUAAUUACUCAUGAUGCAAAAACUCCACAUAGAAUAUGCAAAAUUUGUAAGGACGAUCAGUAGCAACAAAAAUAAAUAGUAGAAGGAGAGAAUUGCAAAGUUGGAUAAUUAUCUAAUGUAGGUAGAAGAUGGGUAUCGAUAAUUUAUGGAGACAAGUAUUUUUUGAUUAUAGCUAGAAUUGAAAUCAAAAAGAUUUAAGAAGAAUAUUAAAAAGCAUUGCCAAGUUUUGUUUCCAAUUCUAAUUACGAAAUUAAAUAGUAAAUUUAAACUAAUCUGUUAAGAAUCUUUAAGGAAAACAGAUAAUCAUUAAAUUAUUCUUUAGCUGAUUGGCAUUAUCGUUGUUGUGCAAAUGAAUAAGACAACAUACUUGUACAAAAAAUAAGUAAUAUAUUAACAUGCUUUUUCUAAUCUAAGCCGGUUAGACUCACAAAAGGCUUAGUCUUUUUGACAACUUAUAUUUUAUAUUUUUGUGAUGAGCCUAUUUCUUUGAAAGUGUUGUAAUUUUUCCAUGAAAAAAUUAUACCUCCAAGAAUACAGUAUCAUAAGUUAGAGUAGGAUGAAAGUAAACCAAUUCUAGGCGAAGUUGAUCUUUUGCUUGAAAUGGUUAAUGAAUCUAGUAAGAUGGAGAAGUCAGUUUAACAAAAAAUUAAAGUGAUUUUAGAAUCCUAUUCUACUUAAAUGUUGACAACAUUUAUGAUCAAUUCAUUUGAAUUUUAUCUUGGCUUUUUCAUAUUUAAUUAAUUAGUCAUCAAUCAUAAUUUCUAAAUGAGUGAGAAAUUCUUAGCCUACAUCUGUCGUGAUUAAUAUAAAGCAAUCUAAGAAAUAAAUGUUGAUGAAUUUCAGAGAUUGAUUCUUAGAAAUAUUUAACUAGAUAAAUUUACUGCUUUCUUAUCUCAAGAAGAUGAAAAAAAAAUUAAAUAUAGGAAUUCCAUUGCAUAAAAAGAAUAAUAAUUAUAAUAAUAAUAAUAAUAAAAUAAUAAAAUUGAUGAUAAAGAAGUUGAAAAACUGUUUGAAGCUUUGAUUUAAUUGGUUGAUGAAGAUCAAAGUAAUAAAUUAGAAUCCAUGUAAAAUGCAAGUAAAUUUGAUUGGAAUAAAACAUAAAUUAAGGAAUUAGUCAAGUCUAUUAAAAAAAGAAAUUCAGUUUUAUAAACUUAAACGCAUUUAGAAGAUUAAUUGAAAUAAUAUUAAGAAAAAAGCGCAGAGUAAUUAUAAUAACAACAAAUUGGAUAAGGAUUCAUUUAAAGCGAAAUCGAAGAGAAGAAUUAAUUGAUAAAAUAAUUAUAAGAUAAAAUUAGAUAACAACAAUAAUUAAUAUCAAACUAUAUAGAACAAACUAAAUUAUUAGAAGAAACACAUCAAUAAAGCAUGAAAAGUUAAGAAAGAGAAUAUUUAAAGAUGAUUGAAGAAUUGAAAAACAAUACUAUUUUAAAAUCUAAUAAGGAGAGCUUUUAUGAAGAAAAAAUAUCUUCGCUUUAACUAGAGAUGGAACGCAAAAUAAAAGAGAAAGAAGAAUUCAUUAAAAGUAAAGAGGAGCAAUAAGAAAAAGAGAUUUACUUAAUUUCUGAAUAAUAUGAUAAAAUUAAAAAGGAUUUAGAGAAUAAAGAUAUUCUGUAUAAAAAAUAAUAAAAAGAAUAGGAAAAUUUAUUUGAAUAAUAAUUAAGAUAAGAAUGUUAAAAAUAUGAGAAUACCAUAAAGACUUUGGAUGAAAAAUAUCAAUAUUAAAUAGAAAAUUUAGAAAAAUAAGUAAUAGAGAUAAAUUAGUAAAAAAAUUAAAUAGAAUUGGAAACCCAAGAAAAGAUAAAAAAUUUGGAAAAUUUACUUAAGAAAAAUUAAGAAGAAUCUUAAAAUUUAUUGAAACAAAAUUUAGAGACCUAUGAGGGAAAAAUAGAAUAAAUGCAGAUAAAAUAAUAAAAUGAAAUAGAAGGCAUUCAAAACCGACUUUAAGAUUAAAACUAAAAAGAAAAUUAAAAUAAAGAAAAUAUAUACCAAUAAGAAAUAGAAUAGAUAAAUUAAGAUUAUAAAUAAUAAAUAAAUGAAAUUAGUUAGAAUUUCAAAGAAAUUAUAUAACGAAAAGAUGAAAGUAUUAAAUAAUAAGAAUAGAAGAUACAAGAUUAAGAUUCUAAACAUUAAGAAAAAUUAUAAUCUGUAUUAGAAUAGCAUAGAUUAGAAUUAGAAUCAAAAGAACAAUCAAUAAAAUUAUUAAAAGAAGAAUCAAGUUAAUAUUUCACACAAGAAAUAUAACAAAAUACAGAAUCGUAUGAAAAAUAAUUAGAAUAAAAAGACUAAACAUAUCAAUAAGAAAUAAACGAAAUUAAUUAGAAAUUUUAAGAAACUAUGUUUUAAAAGGAUGAAUUAAUCAAAUAAUAAGAAUAGAAAAUACAAGAAUUAGAUUAGCAAUAUUAAGGAUAAUUAAAAACUUUAGAAGAAUAUCAUAAAAAUAAAUUCUAGUAAAAAGAUGAAGAAUAUUAAAAAUAAUUAGAAUAAAAAGACAAAGAUUAUAAAUAAUAAAUAAAUGAAGUUAACUAGAAUUUCAAAGAAGUCCUUGAACAGAAAAAUGAAAUUAUUAAAUAAUAAGAGUAGAAGAUACACGAUAUAGAAUUAAAACAUUAAGAAUAAUUACAAAUUUUAGCAGAAUAACAUAAAGUAGAAUUAGAAUCAAAAGAAUAAUCAAUAAAAUUACUAAAAGAAGAAUCAAGUUAAUAUUUCACCUAAGAAUUGUAAUAAAAAGAUGAAACACAUAAAAAAUAAUUAGAAUAAAAGGAUUAAGAUCACAAUAUAUAAAUAGAUGAAAUAAAUUAGAAGUUCAAAGAAAUUAUAUCCUAAAAGGAUGAUUAAAUAAAAUAAUAAGAAUAGAAAAUACUAGAUUUAGAUUUAAAUCAAUAAUAAUAAUUAAAAUCCUUAGAAGAAUAAUAUAAAAAUGAAUUAUCAUAAAAAGAUGAGACAAAUUAAAAAUCAUUAGAAUAAAAAGAUGAGGAAUACAAAGAAUAAAUAAAUGAAAUUAAUUAAAAUUUCAAAGAAAUUCUUUAACAAAAAGACGAUUCCUUAAAACAAUAAGAGUUGAAAAUACAAGAUUUAGAUCUGAAUCAUUAAUAAAAAUUAAAAACUUUAGAGGAGUAGCAUAAAAAUUAAUUAGAAUAAAAUGAUGAAGCCUAUUCGAAAUUAUUAGAAUAAAAGGAUUAGGAGAAUAUAAAAUAAAUAAAUGAAAUUAGUUAAAAUUUCAAAGAGAUUCUUGAAAAGAAAGAUGAAACCAUGAAAUAAUUAGAGUACAAAGUAAGUGAUUUUGAAUUAAAACUUUAAGAAUAAUAAAAAUAUUUAGAAGAAUAGCAUAAGCUAGAAUUAGAAUCAAAAGAAUAAUCAAUACAACUAUUAAAAGAAGAAUCAAACUAAUACUUCACUUAAGAAUUGAAAUAAAAAGACGAAACACAUUAAAAAUAACUAGAUUAAAAGGAUUAGGAUCAUAUAUAAGUAGUAAAUGACAUUAGUUAUAAAUUUAAAGAAGCUAUAUCUUAAAAAGAUGAUUAAAUAAAAUAUUAAGAAGAGAAGAUUUAUAAUUUGAAUUUGAAUUAUUAGGAAUAAUUAAAAUCCUUACAGGAAUAGCAUAAUAAUUUAUUAUCACAAAAAGAUGAGACACAUUAAGGAUAAUUAGAAUAAAUAGACUUAGAUCAUAAAUAAUAAAUAAAUGAAAUUAGUUAGAAUUUUAAAGAAAUUAUUUAAUAGAAAGAUGAUUCCUUAAAACAAUUGGAAUAGAAAAUACAAGAUUUAGAUUUAAAUCAUUAAGAAUAACUAAAAUCCAUAUUAGAUUAGCAUAAAGUAGAAUUAGAAUCAAAAGAAUAAUCGAUAAAGCUAUUAAAAGAAGAAUCAAGUUAAUAUUUCACACAAGAAUUAUAACAAAAAUCAGAAUCAUAUGAAAAAUAAUUAGAAUAAAAAGACUAAGAUUAUAAAUAAUAAAUAAAUGAAAUUAACUAGAAUUUCAAAGAAGUCCUAGAAGAGAAAGAGGAAAAUCUUAAAUAAUAAGAGCAAAAGUUAAAUGAUAUAGAAUUAAAAAAUUAAGAAUAAUUUAAAUCCUUAGCUGAAUAACAUAAAGUAGAAUUAGAAUCAAAAGAGCAAUCAAUAAAAUUAUUAAAAGAAGAAUCCAGUUAAUAUUUCACAUAAGAAUUGCAAUAAAAAGAUGAAACACAUUAAAAAUAAUUAGAAUAAAUAGACUAAGAUCACAAAAAAUAAAUAGAUGAAAUAAAUUAGAAUUUCAAAGAAAUUAUAUCCUAAAAAGAUGAUUAAAUAAAAUAAUCAGAAUCGAAAAUACUAGAUUUAGAUUUACAUUAUUAAUAAUAAUUAAAAUCCUUAGAAGAAUAAUAUAAAAAUGAAAUAUCAUAAAAAGAUUAGGACUUAAAAUAAUAAAUAAAUGAAAUUUAAAUUAAUUAUUAAAAUUAAAUUUCAAAUGUUUCCCAAAAACUUUAAGAAGAACUUAUUUAAAACGAUUAAUUAACAAAUUAAAUUUCAUUACUUCAAUAGAUUUAUGACAAGCAAUUACUAUAAAAAGAUGAUGAAUAUAAAAAUCUAAUUCUUGAAAUAAGUGAAAAUCAUUUGAGGAUGAUAAUAAACAAAAUGAAUCUAAUAAUAACUAACUUUAAUAAUGAAUAAAUCUUAAAUUUAACCUUAGAGAAUGAGUAAUUAAGAGAAUAGAUUGUAACUGAAAAUAAAGUGACUGCAUAAUAAUAAUAGAUUUAUAUCAAAGAUGAUUUCAAUCAGCAAUAAGAAUAAUUAUCUAAUUAAAAUCAUAAACUAAUUAAUGAAGAUAGUAAUAAUUAAACAAAUACUGACUUUUAAAUCAUAGAAGAAAAUUUGAAAUCUUUAAUAAAUGAAUAAAAUGAAUAAAUAUCUGAAUUAAAGCAAAAAGAUUUUGAUAAUUAAAAUAUUAUAGAAUCUCUAAAACAAAAUUUUGAAUCAAAAUAGUAAGAACUAUAGAGUAAAUAUUAAGGUUAAAUUGAUGCAUGUAUGAAAGAUUAUGAAGAUGAAAAAGAUAAAAUGUAAAAUUAAUUUAAACAAGUCCAAAAUGAUUUGGAAGAAAAAUAUAAAUUGGAAAUAUUUGAACUUCUUGAAACUAUAUCGAAAUUAAGAUUUUAGAUAUAAGAUAUUGAAUCUAGUUUGUAAAAUACAAAUGCUGAAUUAUUUUCACAGUAGACAAAAUUAAAAUAAAUAAUUUAAUUACAAUUUGAAGAAUAAUUGAAGAAAUAGGCAUCAGAAAAAGAUGAAAUCAUUUCAAAUUUCGAGAAAUUAAGAUAUUAAUAUAACUAAACUCUUUAGUUGAACUAACAAAAGGAUUCAGAAAUAUAGGAAUAAAAAUCAUUUAUAGAGGAUUUGAAGAAGAAUAUUGAUGAAACCAAUCAACUAUUAUCUUUACCUAAAUCAACAUAUAAUAAUUUUAAAUAAUUAAAUAUUAAGUUUGAAAAGGAAAAAGUUGAUUAAACUGGCUUAACCUAAAAUACUGCAAAAGAGUUGCAAGAUAAUCUUUUACAAUUAAGAAAUCAACUAAUUCUAAAGGAGAGUGAAAUAUACUCAUUAAGAUUGCAAUUUAUUGAUGCAAAUUCUUAAAGGCUUAAUUAUUUUUAUUAAGUAUAGAAUUAUAUCAAAGAGAUGAAAUUAAUGUCUGAAAAGCUAUAGACUUAUGAUCAAAGCGAUGUAUAACAAAUAACUUCAUAUUAUGAAGAGAAAAUUAAAUUAUUAGAUUAAUCUUAUGAAGAAUAGAUGAAUCGAUUGUUUUAAUAACUGAAAUAGAACUAAGAUAAAGAGCAAAUUGCUUAAUCUUAAUCAUCUUAGCAAUCCUAAAAAGGAAAUGCUUAAUAAGGUGGUUCAUCUUAAUUAAAGGAUACCAAAAUUACAGGUAGAGUUUAAAUGCUAGAAAUUUAAUAGGAAUCAAAAAAUGAGUAACCAGAAGAUUGUACAGUUUUUUGACCUGAUCUAAACGAAAGAAUGAAUUAUAAUAUAUUAGCAAAUGACAAAUAUAA